AUUGAAUGCAGCAAUACAAUUGUACCUCUACGAUGUUGUUGUGAUUGCGGAACAUCUGUGUGCGUAAGUUAUAUCUCCUCGUGUCUGUUUGUCUCUCUGUGCCUCUGGGGUGUUUGUCCCCUCCUUGCCGCCAAGCUGGAUUUCCUGCAGAUGAAGCAUCUAAAGAGGAAGAGGAAGAGCAACUACAGUGUGAAAGAAACGCAGACUCUAAUCAGGGAGAUCCACAAAAGGACGGGCGUGUUGUUCUCCAGACAGCAGAACACAGCCAUUAAUGAGCUGAAGAGACAGGCAUGGGAAGAAGUUGCUCGAGGUGUUAAUUCACUGGGGGAAGGAGAGCUACGCACUGCAGCUGAAGUGAAGCGUCGUUACCUAGACUGGCGUGCACUGAUGAAGAGAAAACAGCUUCGGGCUGAGCUCUCCCUCUCCUCCUCCUCAUCCUCGUCUAUGGCCCUGAAGACUGAGUAUGAUCAGUCCUCCCCUGAGCAUGAGGCAGCUUCUCUUGGAUCUGGAUGUGACCAGCUUCUUGACCUCUCCAGCCUUUCGAAAGAUUGCCACUGCGACUGGCCGGAGUUGGCGGCUCUCAGUGAGCCGAGCGGGCAGGCCAUGAUGGGUGUGAAGAUGGAGGAAGAUGUCAAUGAAUACAGGCUGGAUGGUGAUGGUGAUAUGGGAGACGGAGAAAUAGAAGAUGAUGAUAUUCCCUCACUCCUCAGCGACAUAGAGUCACGCGGCGAGGGACACAUUGGGGACGUUUACUCUCACAAUGACUUGGGUUUGCUUAGCUGUUCCAAGGCACCUACCUCCACCACCAACAGAGACCUGCCACAUGCUGGUGGCCUGAUGGGGAUGCAAGCUCACACUCUGGGUGGAUUAAACAAUCAUGAAAACAUGGGGGCCGGGUUUGUGGUUGCUGUUGAGAAACAGCGAUUGGAGCUUGAAAAACAGCGCCUGGCCGUAGAAACUGAACGCCUGGUUGUGGAGAAAGAGCGACUGGUGGUGGAGAAGGAGCGACUCCGUCAGAUGGAAGUAGAAAGGGAAAGGCUGCAGUUGGAGAGAGAGAGGUUACAGGUGGAGAGGGAGAGGCUGAGGCUUCUGCUGCUCAGACAAUCAGAGCAUGUGGACUCAUCCUUUUACCUGCCGCCCCAACAAGGCCCGCCCUCGUCCUCCACGUCUUCUUUAUCCUCCACUCAUGAUGGCACAGAGGAGAUGGACAGUAAAGGCUGGAUGCCAUUGGUGAAUCUGGAAACUGAAAGGCUAAAACUAGAGAAGGAGAGAGUGCAGCUGGAGAAAGAGAGGCUGCAGUUUUUCAAAUUUGAGGCCGGCAGGCUGCAGAUUGAGAGAGAACGCCUCCAAGUGGAGAAAGAGAGAAUGCAGCUGUACAAAGAUAACUCGGGUCACUGAGAAUAAGACAAACAAAAGAGAUAAAAAAGAGAUGAAUAAUACGUUCCAUUUUCACCAGUUUCAGGGUUGCUCAUUAUACUGAAACAACCCAGAAUAUACAAAAUUGCAUCAGCAGCUGCUCCUUAAUUAAGUUCCUUAUACACAAACAUUAUUAAGGAAGGUGGCAGACACUUGUAUGAUCAUCCCUGACUGGAAUUUGGCCAAGGAGAAGACUGAGAUGGAGGGCUGACAUAUUUAUGACCACCAUGAUAAAGCAGUGCCUUAUGACGUCUUCAUAAAAUGGGUGACAGGACUGAAAAUAUGCCACGAUGAUUAAAUCUAGGAUUUGUUUGGCCUUGAAUCUAUUUGAUUUAUAUAAUGUUGAGUAUUUCAUCCUAACAUGAACUGUUGGGAUAUCGACGCUUACGUAUGUAACAUCGUUUUGAUGGCAUACGAAAGAAUGGAAUAAUGAUGCUUCACUCUGCGUUUAUGCACAAAACAAGUGCCAAUUUGUCUACUGCAUGGGUGCUAUUCUAUAUAAUUUUUUCCCAACACACAAGAACAAAAGCACACCAUUGUGCUUGUACCGAAAGAUUUUUAAGCUAUUUAUGUUAUGCUGAUGAGCAAUUUGAUUAAUAUAUCGUUUACAGGGUAAUGAUUCUGUACAUUUGUCACCACUUUUAAACACAAAUUCCACCUUUCAUUUUUUUUUCACAGUAGAUAUUUUGAUAUCACAGCACAGGUGUUACUAAUAACAUUAAUGAUGGCUCUGUUCUGUUAUCCCAGCUAGCCGUGAAGGUGAGGCAGAAUAAAUAAUACAGGGAGGGUUAAAUCUAAAUGGAAUUCAGCUAAUGUUGAUUGAAUUAUUUACACCUGUGCAUUACGUAUUGUGUCUGCUGUGAUAGAGCUGAUGUUUUUCCAAUCAAGAUUUGUAUUCUGAGAUCCUGAAAUGAGCAGCUACUGGAAGUAUUGUUUGCAUGCUGGACAAUUAUAGUGAAAUAUUUAUAUUAUUUUUCUUCUGUGUUACUGGCUGCUGAAGACUAUGUUCUGCUACUGUGUACUGAAAGUGUCUAACACAUCACAGACACUUUAUAUGCCUUUUUGUUGUUUACUUUUUUAAAAAUAUGUUUUGUAACAAAAUUACUGACAAAACACCAAUUUGUCCUUUUAAAAGUUGAUAUCAAGUCACAUGGCUUUUUACAUUUUGUUCUCCAUUUGAAUUGUAUUUAUCUUUUCUUUUUUUUACAAUUUCUUACUCAGUCUCUGUGUGUCUGUGUUAACAAGUGUGUUGAGGAAAAAAAAAAUGUGACCUCAAGACAAAAUGUGUUACUCUUAUGGAAUAAAAUCUGUUCCACAUCCAA